CCGACGAACCGAGCGGAAGAGUAUCGAUUCACGGAUUUCAGCGCGUUGACGACGGCGACGCUCGUGGGGCCGAAGGAGGGGGCGAGCGCGGACGCGAGCGCGACGCGCGUGGAGGAUGCGUGCGCGACUGUCGUUUUGGUGGACGGCGUGUUGGAUGCCACGCAGAGUGACUUUGAAGGCGCGGCGAAGGCUGGGAUUAAAAUCAGCGUCGGUGCGGCGGAUGCGACGACUGGAAAGCAGAGCGCGACGCGGGGUAACGUUUUCGCCGCCAUCAACUCGGCGAGCGCGGCGGAUGUCGUCGUCGUUCGCGUGCCCAAGGGCGUGAAGUGCGCGUCGCCGGUCCAUAUCGUGACGAUGUCUACGGGUGGUGAAAACGGUGCCACGCGCGUUUCGGCGCCGCGAAUCACCAUCGUGGUGGAGGAAGAGGGCGAGUUGUGCGUCGUCGAAGAUUUCGCGGGCGAGGGCGAAACCGAGUACUGGCAAAACGGCGUCUGCGAAAUCGCCGUCGAAAAGGGAGCGUCGAUGAAGCAUGCGCUCAUUCAGAACCACGGCCGCGGGGCCACGCACACGCGCACGACGCUCGUGACGCAGGCGGAAGAUUCGAAGUACGAGGUGAAUGAGAUUUCCGUCGGCGGCAAGACGGCGCGUCAUGAUUUGAACAUCAAGCAGCUCGGUCCGCGCACGGAAACCGUCCUCGGAUGCUUCAACCUCGCUGGUUCGAAUCAAACCUUAGACUUACACAGCAAGCUGCAGUUAGAUCACGAAGAAGGUUCGAGCAAUCAGGUGCACAAGUGCAUCGUGAGCGCGGCGAGCGGUAAAGGCGUCUUCGACGGCAACGUUCAGGUGAACCGCAUGGCACAGCGCACGGACGCGCAGCAGCUUUCGCGUAACUUGUUACUCGUUCCUAAGGCGACGGUUAACGUCAAGCCGAAUUUGCAAAUCAUAGCGGACGACGUGAAGUGCACGCACGGGUGCACCGUGAGCGAUUUGGAAGAGGAGGAGUUGUUCUACAUUCGCUCGCGAGGUUUGAGCGCGGAGACCGCCCGCUCGCUCUUGGUGAGCGGUUUCGGCGUCGACGUCAUCAGCCGCUUACCGGGAAAAGAUUUGCGCGAUCGCGUGAACUCCAUCGUUCGCACGUCGCUCGAGCGG